CAGAGCUGAACUGAACGGAUGAAAUUACUCUACGUUUUCUGCAUUGGUGUGGCUGUUGAAGGACUGUUGCAUCAUAACGAAUUAUUUUAGACCGAGCCUUAUCUUCGACUACAAAAUUGUAUUUUUAUGAAAACAAUUUAAAUAUGGGUACUGAAGUUAUAACUCCCGCUGAAGAUUCGAGCUCAGAUAUAUCAGAAUUAGAGCAGAAAAUCAUUCGCCAAAUUGAAUAUUACUUUGGAAAUUUUAAUUUAUGCAAGGAUAAGUUUCUAAGGGAGCAGAUAAAGUUAGAUGAUGGAUGGGUUCCAUUGGAAACCAUGGUGAAAUUCAACCGCUUAAAGAUUCUCACUCAAGAUUUUAAUACAAUUUGUACAGCUUUAGGAAAAUCUCCAAAUGGAUUGAUUGAGAUUAACGAAGAUUCUACUAAAAUACGUAGGCGAGUGGAAAAGCCCAUUCCUGAUGAAUCUUAUUUAAAAAAUGAAGCUGUACAAGAUCGAACUCUUUAUGUGAAAGGAUUUAGGAAAAAUAUCACAUUGGAUGAACUUUUGGAAUUCUUCAAAGAGCACAAAGUUGAAAAUAUUUUCAUGAGACGCUACCCAGGAAAUAAUAGAGGCUUCAAGGGAUCCUGUUUUGUUAUGUUUGAAACUGUUGAAGAUGCUGACAAGUUUCUAGAAAAUAAGGUUAUAAAAUUUGAAGGAACUGAACUCUUAAAGGAGAAAAAGAAAGAUUACACUAAAAGAAAAGAUAUCUACUUUGCUAAUGUAAGAGCUGAAAAAGAGAAAAAAUUAGCUAAAAAAGUUGAUGGAAAUAAGGAAGAUGGAGAUGAAGACAGUGAGGUUCCUGAGGUUGACAUCACCCCUGGUUGUUUAUUAAAACUCACUGGGCUAGGUAGUACUUGUUCAAGAGAAGAUUUAAAGAAAGCUUUAGGAGAAUUUGGAAAAAUAAGUUAUGUUGAUUAUGUCAGAGGCAACCCUGAGGCUGUUGUUCGUUUUGAAUCUGGCGUAGCUGCUAAGGUUUUGGAAAAAGCAGAUGAAGAAGAUGGAGAAAAAAAAUUUUCAAUUGGUUCUUGUAAAGCUACUGUUUCUGUUGUGGAAGGGGACUCUGAAAAAGAAUAUUGGAAGAGUAUUGCUAUCAGUAAAGCCAAUAUGAGACAAAAACAUCCACAAAUUCUUAUUUUAGAUCAACAUAGACAAGGUAAAGGAAGAUUUAAGAAACAGUGGGGUAAGAGACAAAAGGGAAACAGACGAGAUGGGGAAAAUUCAGAUCAGCCACCAUCAAAGAAAUUUAAAGGUAAUUCUAAAGAAGGUGAAGGUAAAACGUCAAAUGGUCAAGACAAAGAAGUACCAAUGGAGCAGAAGGAAACAGGCCAAUCUGCUGUAAAAGAAGAGUCAUAAUUUAUCUUGAUGGUGGAAGGACAAUUUAUUAAAAUACUGUACAUUCUUAUUUAUGUAUAUAACUGUGCUUUAUGGCUAGACAUGGUUUCCUCCCAUGUAAUAUUUCAUGUUAUUUGUUAUUCAUUUCUCAGCUGUAUUUCAUCAUUAAAUUUUUAUGUUGAAUUUUUUUUACUACACUCACAAUGAAAAUGCUUGUGAAUAAUUUCUUUUGCAUUUUAUUGUUAUAUUUACUUGAAAUCUUCAAGUUUGUUUUGUUUGGAAUGUGAAAAGUUGUCAAUUUUCAUGUAAAAAAUGCAAACCUUAAUGCUUUCUCUCAAAAUGUGUUAUUAAUUAUUUUUGAUUAUUUAAUUAUAAAUUAUCUGCAUCAAUCUUUGUUUUCAGAUUGUUAUACAUUCAAUCAGUAUUAAUUACUAUUUAUAAAGAAUUAACCAUAUCCGAUCUAUAUUUAUGGUUCAGUUGCAUAAAUAAGCCUAAAAUCCAUCAGCCUUUAUGAAAUUUCUAAAUUUAAGUGAUGGGAAUAAAUGCAAAAUUAAGAAAUAUUUUAGCUACUGACUUUAAUUUAUUUGUGUAUUUUUAUACUUAAAUUAGCAUAAGAACAUUUUUUGUGAACUUCAUUAUGACCGUAUUUUGUUUUUUGUAACCAAAAAUAUGAGAAUACCAAUAAAAAUU